GUCUACCCCCAAAGCGUGACCACCCACCCACAACUUGAUUCAGGUCGCAAGGCUGACAGGCGGCAGACUCGAGGCCUUACUAAGAUGGCUGACAACACCACCACCCACACAACGAAAGGGCCGCAGUCUUCCAAGCGAGGUUCGACACCAUAUGCAGGCGAUUAUGGGACCGUCUGGAGAAUCGACACCAGCUGCCAACACCACCACGGGCCGGCAAUGGGACCACAGCACCCGCGGCAUGGGAGCCAGCCAAAGCUACAUACCCUGAACAGCGCAAGACCAAGGUGCAGCCGGAGGGGCCCCAACCGGGCAAAGCUACAGCCAAACCAAUGAAAUACAAGAAUGACAGCCCGCCUGGGAUGAGAGUCAUAAGGGGUGAGACCUCUACAUGCCACACACACAUGCAGAAGAGAGCAAAACACCCAUGGAAGCGCCAAAGUGCAGCCCUACGCAGCCCCACACCGGGGAAGGACCUGGCCCCAAAACAGCGACGGGUCUGUGAAAUGGUGGUACCGACUCUCAUCAAGUCUCAGGGCAGGAGGGGCACCCCACCUGGAAUACGCAGUGAAGCUCAUGUGGACACAGAGUGUCCCGAGGCGCAGAUGACGUCCACCCCACGCAUGUACUCACAGCCUCCAGACGGGGCAUUGGAUGAUCUACUGCCCAGCAGCUCUCAGGGACUAUGUGGUUACACCAAGCCGAGGCAUUGGCUGACAGUGCCACAUGUUCCCAAGCACGGUACCCUUGCCACACAAUAGGACAUGCAGCAACAUUUUAACUCGUCUGUACCCAGACAGACAAUGCCGUUGAAUAUGUGUUUACAUUUUUUUUUAUGUUUAGGCGUCUUUAGUUGCCUGCUUAUGCCAAUACUUGCUAAACUACAAGAGAGGCGUUCGAGGUUACACCAGCCACUAGCCUGUUAAUAUGAACCCAGCUAGCAUGUUAUACGAUUCCAGUCAGCAUGUUACACAAUUCCAGUCAGCAUUAGAGAGUCUAGCACAGCAUUUAUACCUAGACACUUGUUCCACUAAACUCGCUCAUGCUAACCAACAUAGCUGUAAGUCAGGUGUUAAACCCGCUAAUAGCCUGUUUUUAUUUAUCUAUAUAAUCUGUGACGGCGUACCUAACCUGUUAUUGUAGUCCUAGCUAGCAUGUUAUGCGAUUUAAUCAGCGUCCGCAAGUCUAGCAUGAUCUACACAUAUGUAAAUGAGUCUCACUAAUUCCUGCUAUCAUAUCUUGAAUUUUCAUGCAUGUUUAUUUACCUACUAUAAAAUUGGGCACGCCUAAUAUACUACCUUGAAUGUACAGCUUGAUUUACCGC